AUGGUGAAAAAUGUAACCGAUAGUGAUUUUGAGAACGAAAGCCAGAAAGAGUGAAUAUGAUGUGGGUCAGAAGGAACGGAAAUAGCAGAUAUCAGCUGCUCUGAAGGCAGUCAGACAGUAUAGCUCUUUCCUUUGAAUAGCCCGAUAACGGGAUGAAGCCAGCCCGUUAUCGAGCUAUUCAAGGGAAAGAGCUAUAUCUGACAGCCAAAGCCUCUUAAGGAUAUGUAGUCUUCAAAACUAUGAAAACAAAUUUAUGAAAGGAGAAAAUAGAUCAAUAAAGUUCAAAAAGACUGCGAUUGGGUGUGUAAUUCAUUUCCUAGCUCAUACUCUAAACUAUUUAUCUAAAAUAAAAUAACUAUUAUUAAAUAAAGCAAUGUAAAGGAAAGGAAUUUUGCAUUCCAAGCAUGGUGUAAGAAAAAACAGUCCCUCUCCUAUUGAAAAUAUAAUAAGGCAUGUAAAAUCCAAAGAGCAUUCCCUUGUCACAUCAGCGAAUGGGAAAUAUAAAAAAGAUGCUUUCAAAAUAGUAGAUUAUGUUCUAAGUUGUUAUCCGAAGCUCUUCUUAUUGAAUGACAAUUUCCACUGUUACUUGAAUGUAAUUAAGAAUUAGGAAAAUCAAGCAAUGAAUUAUGAAAAAAAGUAUAACUUACUCUCCCCUUUUAAAUUGGAACAAAGAAUCGGUGAAAUUUGCAUUUUUGGGCACUUUAACCCCCUUUAAAAUUGCUAUAAAAUUUGUUUUUCAAUAGGAAAAUUUUAUCGAUGAAAAUACUAAUUUUAUAAAAUUAUUUUUGACCUAAUUUAAUAGACAAAACACAAGUAGAAUGCCAUUUAAACAGUAAAAAUAAUUAAAUAUCAAAGUAUUGUGCUCGAUUUAUAUAUUUAAAACAAGAAAAUUCUAAAUUUUAUAAAAUUAGUUUUGGCUAAUUUAAUAGAUAAAGUGCUAUCUAAAUAGCUUUAACAUUGAAUCGAUUAAUUUUUUAUAAAAUAAAUUAAAUUCAAAGAACUGAUCUCAAUUUAUAUAUUUUUUAAGGUUUAGUAAAUGCUAAAAAUUUUUUAUAGAGAAAAAUUUUAAAUAUAAUUUUUAAAAACUACCCUUAAAUUGGAAAGGGAUUUUUUUUCUAACAAUUUAGCUAAAGCGACGAUUUCUGAAAAAACUAGACUCAAGUACAAAGAAAAGGCAGAGAAGAGAAUGGAAAAGCUUGCAAGAAUGCAGAGAAUAAGAGAGCAGAUUGAAGAUGAUCUAAGAACUGGCACAAAUAGGCCUUCUAUAUUAACCAAGACAUAUCACUAUCAAAUUUAAAUUUCUUAUCAGAAGUCUGGUUGGUCAUUGGCAAAACGAUCUAUUUCACUCUAAGACGUUAUCAGGAUGUCUCAGUUACUUAAUUACUUGCUGUAUCAGAUUCUAAUUUCAGACGAUAAGAAAGCUGCUGAGCAUAUCAAAAUGACCAUAAGGUCUGCAUAUCUUUCGUUAAAAGGCGUAAAUCCAUAA